CGCAGUUAGAUAAUCUGUAUUCAUGAAAUGAAGAAGCGAUUAAUUUUCAUUCUGUGUGUCAUCGUGAGCACUAAUGCAUAUCAUCAUUAUAAUGAUGCUCGAAGGAUGCCUAUGGAAGACGCGAUAGAACAACAGGUGGAUCGAUAUUGUGAUUGCAAUGUAGCAAAAUACAACGACCCUCUUUGGAAGGAUACAUGGUAUUUGCAAACAAAAACAAGCUUGAGCAUGAGAAUAAAUGAAGCAUGGGAACGAGAUUUAACUGGGAAAGGCGUAGUUAUCUCUGUACUUAACGACGGUAUCGAGCAGAGCCACCCGGACUUAUCACUCAACUAUGAUCCGAUGGCUUCAUACGAUUUCAUCGACGGCAAAGCUGAACCAACGCCACGGGUAACUUCAGAUAAUGCAAAUAGACUGGGAACUCGAAUGGCGGGUUUAAUUUCUGGAAAUUUGAAUGACAGCGUCUGCUCAGUCGGAGUCGCUCACAAAUCGAGCAUUGGAGGUAUUAGACUCCAUGUGGAUAAACAAGAUGACAAAAUGGAAGCCCAAGCAUUUGGUUUUGCAAACAAUCAUAUCGAUAUAUAUGCGGGUGCAUUUGGUCCACAAGACGACGGACUCGCCAUUGCUGGGCCUGGACCGGAAGCGCAAAAAGCAAUUGAAAGGGCAGUGAAGGAGGGUAGAAAUGGCAAAGGAAAUAUUUUUGUCUGGUCGACUGGAAAUGGAAAUAAUACCGAUGAUUGUAAUUCUGACGGAUAUGCAAAUAGUAUAUAUACAAUCGCAGUUGGAAGUAUUUCUAGUGAUGGAAAAAAAGCUUGGUUUGGAGAGAAAUGUUCAUCAAUGUUAGCUGUAACAUACGGUGGAGGAACUAGUCUACAUAAAAACAUGGCAACAACAAGCCUUGGCAGUGGUUGCACUACAAAACAAACAGGGAGCAGUGCGUCAGUUUCUAUGGCAGCAGGAAUUUGCGCGCUCGCGUUGGAAGCUAAUCCCAAUUUAACUUGGAGAGAUAUGCAGCAUUUGAUUGUUAAUACGGCAAAUCCUUCGGGUUUGGAGUCAGAUGACUGGAUAACUAACGCAGCUGACAGAACAGUCAGUCGUACAUUUGGAUUUGGAAUGAUGGAUGCUAACGCAAUGGUCACAAGAGCCAAAGAUUGGAUUCCUGUUCCGCGUCAAACAUCUUGUAGAAUAAUAAUUACAAAUUCUAACAAUUGGAACGUGAACAGGCGUCCUAGAAGCAUACAGCUUCCGGCGUAUCCUUGUGAAGACGAUGGAAUAAUCCCGGACCGACUUGAGCAUGUUAGUCUGAUGAUAUCCACAUAUAAGAGCCGAGACAUCAGUCAUUUUACAUUUUACUUGGAUUCGCCUUCUCGAACAAGAUCUAAGUUGUUGGCGAAUAGACUUAGAGACGAUAGGUACAAUGUUUAUAAACGAUGGAAUUUCACCUCUGUUCAAUUCUGGGAUGAGAAUCCUGUUGGAGAUUGGGUUUUUACCAUGGAACAUGACGCUUAUUCAACUGUUAUUUCGCCGAUGGUCCUCACCCUGUAUGGAACUUUAGAAAAAGAUUGGGAAACUACUUUGACACGCGAGCCAAUUCAGUAUGAGGAACCAGCAGAGGAAUCAAACACGAACCAGAUACAGCAAUCUUGUGACUGUGAUAUUCAAGACUUUAAUGAUCCGUUUUGGAAAGAUGCCUGGCAUUUACGCGAUCAGACUAAUCCAAGCAUGAAUAUAAAAGAAGCAUGGAAUGAAGGUUUCACGGGAGAAGGAGUGGUUGUGUCAGUCAUUUCUGAUGGACUUGACCACGCCCACCCGGACAUUAUUGAAAAUUAUGAUCCAGCAGCAUCUUACGACUUCAACAAUGAUGAUUCUGAUCCAACACCCCGACCCGUACCAGGAGACGCAAACAAUGUAGGCACACAACUUGCUGGUCUCAUAUCAGCAACGGCGAACAAUGGCGUUUGUUCUGUUGGGGUCGCUCCUAAAGCAAGAAUCGGAGGAAUUCGCCUUCUCGAUGGUGAAGUGAGUGAUAAUCUGGAAUCACGUGCAUUUGGUUUUGCAAACAAUCAUGUUGACAUUUAUAUGGGAGCUUAUGGGCCUGUUGAUGAUGGUUUUGCAAUAGGCGGCCCGGGACCAGAAACGCAGAUGGCAAUUGAAAAAGCAAUACGUGAGGGAAGAGACGGAAAAGGAAAUAUAUUCGUGUGGUCUACCGGAAAUGGCGGAAAAAACAAUGACGAUUGUAACUGCGACGGAUACUCCAACAGUAUUUAUACAAUAGGAAUUGGAAGUAUUUCAAGUGAUUCGGAAAAGGCGUGGUACGGAGAAAGGUGCUCGUCCAUGAUGGCAGUUACCUACAGCAGCGGAACUCCACUUCAUUGGUCAAUGGCAACAACCAAACCAAAUGGUGAAUGCACUUCUGAAUUUAAAGGAAAUGGUGGAUCAGUUGCUGUUGCUGCGGGAAUAUGUGCACUAGCGUUAGAGGCCAACCCGGACUUAACCUGGAGAGACAUGCAGCAUCUGAUUGUUGAAACUGCCAGUCGACGAGGAUUGAUUUCAGAUGAUUGGAGGAUUAAUGCUGCUGGAAGAAAUAUAAGUCGCACUUUUGGAUUUGGUUUAAUGGAUGCUCAUGCAAUGGUCAAGAAAGCACGCGACUGGGUGUUGGUACCCCGACAAGUGUCAUGCAGAAUCACAUUGAGACGAGAUGGAGGAUGGAGCAUGAAUGUUCGUUGGCCAAAGAUUGUGCAAAUACCAACAUCGGUUUGUGAAAAUGGUGGUAGGAUUCCAGAUAGACUCGAACAUGUUACGAUCAUGAUAUCAACAUAUAUCACGCAAAAUCUCGGUGAUAUUAAAAUGUAUUUGGAAUCACCAUCUCGUACAAAAUUUCCUAUACUUGCUCAGAGGGUUUGGGGAAGUUCUCGAAUAUCUUAUGGCUACAAAAAUUGGGUCUUUACUUCAAUUCUAUUUUGGGAUGAAAAUCCGGUUGGAGAUUGGAUUGCACGAUUUGAACGGGAUAGUUACGCCACUAUCCGGUCACCAAUGGUACUUACUUUAUACGGAACUCUUGAGGAAGAUUGGGAGAAACUGCAAAAGGAAGACACCACAGAAGCCCCGGUUGUAGAAUCUACUACAACUGAAGAAACAAAGCCUGUAACUAACACCAAUCCAGAAGAUCUGAAGCAGGAGCAGAGACAAAAAUUGUUUCGAGACUUCCGGUACCUAGCCUGUAAAACUAGCUGCAACAUUCAGGCCUUGGUGGAUUCGGACUAUUUUUGUUCUUGCACCUACUAAACUGAUGGAAUGCUGAUCAUAUUACGGGCGAGUUUGACUGUAGCCAAAGAUUCAAAUAUCGACACGUGUUAAAUAAGAAAUUCAUUGGAAAACCUUCUUGAUUUUAGUUAAAUUGCAAAAUUGUGACAUUUCAAUAAAAUUUCGUAGGCAAAUACAUGAUUUUAAAUGUU